AUGGCUGCAAAGCAAUGGCUGGUCCGAGCCUUGUUUUGCCAGUCACUUGCGCAGUGUCUUGGUGCAGGGUUGUCAAGCCCUACCAACGCCGCCGGCGGGCCAGCCGGGAAAGGAGCAAGAACCGUCGGCCAGUCCCUUCAAGAGAUCUCUCUGGAGCCAAAACCUCGUUGGCCGGACGCGGUUCGGAGGCAUAGCGGCAGUUUGGGCAGCAAUGCUCCGGUACCCCUGACAUGUCCCUGGACGACAACGGCCGCAAGCGAAAGCUGUAUGGGACAGACCAUGGUGGCUGUUGAGUUGUCCAUCGUGUCAGCAACUGCGCAACGGAGCAGACGAAAGCUGGUGGUUCUUUGA